UUUUUUUUGGGUAAUUUGGGUUCAUCCAAUCUCUCCUUCCAUGGCUACUAUCGCUAAGCAAAUGAUAGUGUGCCAUACUCGAAUGACCAGAGGCCCCAAAGCCCACCAUCACCAGCAGCCCACCAUUUCCCAACCAUCUCAUGGUGAGAAUAAGCCGGCCGGACGACGGUCCAUCAUCUCGACGUUAUUAGCAACAACAGCAGCAGUGGGAUUACAAUCAGCACCACUAGCCUUAGCAGAGAAGUGGGGCACACGGUCCUUCAUCAAGGAACGGUUCUUUGAACCUGGGCUUUCUCCAGAAGAUGCAGCAGCCCGUAUCCGACAAACGGCAGAGGGGAUGCGAGCCAUGAGAGAGAUGCUGGAUACCAUGUCGUGGAGGUAUGUAAUCUACUACGUCCGACUCAAGUCCGCCUACCUUUCAUCUGACCUGAAAAAUGCAAUGGGGACGUUGCCACAGACUCGCCGAGCCUCCUACGUCAAAACUGCUAAUGAGUUGGUUGAUAACAUGGCUGAGUUGGAUUAUUACGUGAGGACGCCCAAAAUAUACGAGUCGUACAUCUACUACGAGAAGACGCUAAAGUCACUAGACGACCUCGUCGCUCUACUUGCCUAAUGAUGCUGGACCUCCAUCAAUCCCACGUGCGACCCGAUGAAGGAAAUGUGAGUGCUCACAUGUCAACCUUUGGAGUAGGGCUAAGGGAGACACAAGUGAUCUAUGAGGUGAAGGAGGGAGGCUUCUCUUCUUCUCUUUUUCCUCUCUUUAGAAGGUAACACCCUAGGAAGAAACUCCAAGGCUCUUUUUACACUCAUGUAAAGCUUCUCAUUUUGAAAAGAGACUUUAAUUAUAGUACUCCACUCCAGUUUUU